AUGGCGUAUAAUCGUUUAGAUCACCCUGGCCAAGGCCCUCAAGACGAUUAUUACAACAUGGACAAUCACCUGCGUCGGACACCUUCGCCGGUUCACCACCCUCUGCAGCAAGGCUACCAACUCGAAGACACAGGAGCAUACGGCCGGCCGCCCGCUGGAUCUCCUGGACCCGGCCUACACAAUCUCGAAAUACCUAUGGGACCUGGGCGCCAUACGCCGAGUGACCGUUUACAACCACAACCCUCGUACUCCGUCGAGAAUAUCAACAAUUCAUAUGGUCAUAAUGAAGAGUAUGAGCGAAAUUACCCCGUGGAACAUCCCCAUGGCUACAACCAAGACUACAACCAGGACUACAACCAGGACUACGCCCUAAACCCCCAAGCUCACCACGACGCAUACUAUCAACCUCCCUACCAACCUUCAGUUCAUGAAGAGCACCCCCUUACGGAUUUCCCACCCAAUAACGAGCCCGGCUACUAUGAGCCUGAUGAUGACCACCGCCCUAUUCUCCAACCGCAGGAACCGUACGGCCCAGAUCCACAUAGUGGACCCGAGUACCAAGACUACGAUGGGCCUGGAAUAUCCCCCGUGCAGUCUCAUACCCCCGUCCCUGCCUUGAAGAGGUACAAGACUGUCAAGGAGGUGCAGCUCUUCAAUGGCAACCUUGUCCUCGACUGUCCGAUUCCUCCUAAGCUCUUGAAUAUGGUACCGCAUGCACAACCACCGGAGCGAGAUGAGUUCACGCAUAUGAGAUAUUCAGCGGCCACGUGUGAUCCUAGCGAGUUUUUUGAAGAACGAUUUACUCUCCGACAAAAGCUAUUUGCAAAGCCUCGACAUACAGAGUUGUUCAUUGUGGUGACUAUGUACAAUGAGGAUGAUAUCCUCUUUGCGCGAACCAUGAGCGGUGUCUUUAAGAAUAUCGAAUAUAUGUGCUCGCGCAAGGACAGCAAGACGUGGGGAAAGGACGCAUGGAAGAAAAUCGUUGUAUGCGUAGUGAGUGAUGGACGUGCCAAGAUCAACCCAAGAACAAGGGCUGUUCUAGCAGGUAUGGGUGUGUACCAAGACGGAAUUGCAAAACAGCAAGUCAAUGGCAAAGAUGUGACGGCUCAUAUCUAUGAGUACACCACACAAGUGGGGAUUUCGGUCAAGAAGGAUCUUGUCGAACUCCGCCCAAAGCAGCAACCUGUUCAGAUGCUCUUCUGUCUCAAGGAAAAGAAUCAGAAGAAGAUCAAUUCCCAUCGAUGGUUCUUCCAGGCCUUUGGACGUGUUCUGGACCCAAAUAUCUGCGUCCUUAUUGAUGCAGGUACAAAACCAGGCAAAGAUUCGAUCUAUCAUCUUUGGAAGGCCUUUGAUCUGGAGCCAAUGUGUGCUGGAGCUUGUGGGGAGAUCAAAGCCAUGUUAGGACCUGGAGGAAAGAACUUGGUCAACCCGCUCGUUGCAACCCAGAAUUUCGAGUACAAGAUGAGCAACAUUCUGGACAAACCACUUGAAUCGGCUUUUGGCUUCAUCACAGUCUUACCCGGUGCCUUUUCGGCGUAUCGCUAUGUUGCCUUGCAAAACGAUAAAACUGGGAAUGGGCCUCUCGAGAAAUAUUUUGCAGGGGAGAAGAUGCACGGCUCUAAUGCUGGUAUUUUUACGGCGAAUAUGUAUCUUGCUGAAGAUCGUAUUCUCUGUUUUGAGCUUGUCUCGAAACGAAACUGCCAUUGGAUUCUACAAUAUGUCAAAUCUGCUACAGGAGAGACUGAUGUGCCAGAUACAAUGUCCGAGCUGAUCUUGCAACGACGUAGAUGGUUGAAUGGUAGUUUCUUUGCUGCUAUCUAUGCUCUGGCACACUUCUAUCAGAUAUUCCGGAGCGAUCAUAGCUUCCUGCGGAAGUUGAUGUUCUUCAUUGAAUUCACCUACCAGGCCAUCAAUAUGAUCUUUGCGUGGUUCGCAAUUGGCAAUUUCUUCCUGGUUUUCCAUAUCCUGACUACGUCCCUUGGAGACCCUACCUUGCUCGGCUUGACUGGAAAGAUUCUUGGAGUUGUCUUCGAAUGGCUUUAUCUCUUCACACUUCUUACAUGUUUCGUCUUGGCGCUGGGUAAUCGACCGCAAGGAUCGAAUAGGGCCUACAUGUCCAUGGUAUAUUUCUGGAUCGUCAUCAUGGUCUACUUGAUGUUUGCGUCGAUUUUCAUCACGGUCAAAUCAAUCCAAGCCGAAGUCGCCCUCAAGGAAUUCCACUGGCAGGACAUUAUCAAGAACAAGAUCUUCUACACCUUGAUCAUCUCUCUGGCCUCGACUUACGUGCUUUGGUUCGUGAUGUCAUUCUUGUUCUUCGAUCCCUGGCACAUGUUCACGUCCUUCUUGCAAUACCUACUACUCACCCCGACCUACAUUAACAUUCUCAAUGUCUACGCCUUUUGCAACACCCACGAUAUCACAUGGGGAACUAAGGGCGACGAUAAAGCUGAAAAGUUGCCUUCCGCGACGCUGAAGCCUGGUGGCAAGGUCGAUGUCAAUAUUCCUACGGAUGACGGAGACUUGAACGCCCAAUAUGAAGCCGAAAUGCGCAAAAUCGUUACGAAAGCUCCACCCGAGAAGCGGGAGUUUUCUGCCAGCGAAAAGCAAGAAGAUUACUACAAGGGCUUCCGGUCCCGCGUCGUGCUCUUCUGGCUUGUUUGCAACUUCGGCCUCGCAGCAGUCGUCUUAAGUACGGCAGGGUUGGAACGUCUUUCUGCAAGCACGAAUGAUAAUAAGAGCACCAUCUACAUGGCUGUGGUGUUGUGGUCUGUUGCAGGCCUCUCAUUUUUCAAGUUCCUUGGUGCAACGUGGUUCCUGAUUGUUCGCAUGUUCCGAGGAGUUUAG